AUGCCUCGAGAUCCAUUGAUCGGAUUGGUUGGCAAGCCAUCAAGUGGUAAAUCUACGACCUUGAACAGUUUGACGGAUGCGACAUCCAAAGUUGGCAACUUCCCCUUUACCACAAUCGAUCCCCAGCGAGCUAUCGGAUACCUUCAAAUUGACUGCGCUUGUUUGCGACACGGUGUCUCAGAUAAAUGUGCGCCGAAUUACGGUGGCUGCAAUGAGGGACGGCGCUCCGUUCCUAUCGAAUUGUUGGACGUAGCCGGACUUGUCCCAGGCGCACACCAAGGUCGAGGAUUGGGAAAUAAAUUCUUGGAUGACCUGCGACACGCGGAUGCGCUGAUUCAUGUGGUGGACGCGAGUGGUACGACUGACGCCGAGGGAAAGGCGACACGUGGAUAUGAUCCCUCAGUAGACAUUGAAUGGCUACGAGGAGAGAUUGUACGAUGGGUGUUGGGCAACUUGAUGGAAAAAUGGGGCUCUAUCAGACGGAGACAUAUCGCAAUUAAGGGCAACCCCGUCGACACAUUACAGGGUCAAUUCUCAGGAUACGGCAGUACCUCAUCAAUCGUGGCGCGAACUCUUGACAAGCUGAAUCUGAAAGAGCCUUUGGAGCAUUGGUCGGAUGAGACCGUCCAGGUCGUGGUUGAGGCUUUCAUUGAUGAAAAGUUCCCAACGGUGUUUGCGUUGAACAAGAUCGAUCACCCGGAUGCGGACAAGAACGUCAGCAAGAUUGCCAAAAUGCAAGAUCCCCAGAGCAUUGUACUUUGCUCGGCUAUAUCAGAGGUAUUCCUUCGACGACUCGCUAAACAAGAAUACAUCAAGUAUGUUGAAGGCAGUGAGUUUGUGGAUACACGGGAAGACCUAAUUGAGAUGGGUGAUCCGGACGGAGGAGGACUGAAAGAAAUGGAUGAAAAGUUGAAGACUCGCGUGGAAAACUUGAAAGAUAUGGUGUUAUAUCGAUUCGGAUCAACAGGUGUAGUACAAUGUCUUUCACGAGCGGCAGAGGUGUUGGGUUUGGUGCCCAUUUUCCCUGUACGGAAUGUCGCAACCUUCGGCUCUGGUAAUGGAAGCGCUGUCUUCCGCGACUGUGUUUUGGUCAAGAAAAACAGCACAGUGGGUGAUGUAGCCCGAAAAGUGAUGGGCGAUGUACCUAUUUCCUACAUUGAAGGAAUUGGGGGCACUCGAGUAUCGGAGGACGAUAUGGUUGGAGUUGGCAAAAACGAUAUCUUGACGUUCAAGGUGGGACGGGCUAAUAGGGCGGCGGGAGAGGCUAUGAAUAACUGCAUUGCCAUUUUUGAUGAUCUAACCCGACUAUACGGCCAUGGGUAUCCUCAGACCCAGGACGCCCUUAUGCUCUUGGUCAAGAUGUACUGGGAACAGGGCACGGAGGAAAUGAUGACGAACUAG